UGGCCUUCAACAAAAUGAGCUAUGAAAAUAAGAUUGUGGAAGUUUGUAAACAAAAGGGCGUAGUUUGUAAACAAAAGGGCAUGUAACGAUAAUUUCCCCCCCCUAUAUUGUGUAAAAUAACUGCCGAGCGUUUUGUUUGUUUUUGAUCGAUUGUUUACUCUAAUGUAAUCAAUGGCUUUAAACUUCCUGACUCGGAUGGUAGGACAGUUCCGUUCUCAGCCAGUAUUUUCCUUGAUUUCUCAAAGUAGACACAUGGCAGGUGAAGGCUCCGUGAAUGAUAUCAAAUUCGAAAAUUUAAAGGGUAAAUUACUUAACGGUGAUAUCACACUUGUAGAUGUACGAGAGCCAGCCGAAUUAAAAGAUGACGGUCGAAUUCCGAAGUCGCUAAAUAUACCUUUAGGUCAAGUCGAGGAAGCAUUUAAACUUCCACCUUCUGAAUUUCUGUCGAAGUAUGGAGUAAGUAAACCGAAUCCGGAAUCAUCAGAUCUGGUUGUGUCUUGUAGAUCUGGAAAAAGAGCAACUUCUGCAUUUGAAAAAUUAAAGUUAUUGGGGUAUAAAAAUGCAUUGGUAUACACUGGUAGUUUCCAAGAUUGGGUGAAAAAUGGUGGACCUGUUGAGAAGUAAUGUGUAUACUGCAUUUAUUUUACUAAAUCAUAUUGUGUUAGGUUGGUAGUUAGUAAUACAGAAGAUACAAAGUUAUAAUCAACUCUAUAUUUGAAAAUGUUUUUCAAGAAUAUAAAACAGCUUAGUUAAUUGACAUUUAUUAUUAUUAUUAUUUGUAUUAAACUGUUUAGGUGCUUUAUUCUUGUAUUUAAACGAGUUAGAAUGUGCCAUUAUGAAAUUCAAAAACUCAGUAAUUUGAAUAAAAAUAGAAGCAUAUGUUAAGAAACAGAAUUUUGUAGACUAAAAAGAAUCAAAGCUUUCCCAAAGAGUAUGAAGAAACAAGAAAAAUUGUUCAACAUUUUACAAAACACUCGAUGAGUUAGUUGCUUUUAAGUACAGUAGCAACUAUACUGAAGAUAAUACAUUGUUCAGAAUACUACUUGUUUAAACUGUAUCAUUACACAGUGUAUUAAAAAAAGUUUUUUAGAGUCACAUAUAGUUAUGAAUUUUUUUAUUAAUGCUGUUGUAUUUUGAAUAUAAAUGCAUGUUCAUUUCAGUGAAGUAUUAAAAUGCAUUAACUUUUAACCUAAGAUUAUGUUUUGUAUACGAUGUGCAGUUUUGCUGUUAUUUCGUAUUGCAUAUUUAAAGUAAUGCAGACAAUGAAAUAUAUUUUGAUUAAAACGCUAUUGUUUUGCUGCAUAAAAUUCACAUUUUUAAAACCUUUAUUAUAUAUAUCAUAAAUUUCGUCUCCUACAAUAGGAGGAAAAAAUCCUUUUUUAAAUAUGUUAUCUAACAAGAAUGUGCUUUAUUUUUAGGCAUUUAAAUGACAUUGGGAUUUCUAUAGCUAUUAUAUUUUUGCUUAUAUAUUUUCAAGUUGAGGAAUUACUGCAGUUUUUUUUUUUUUUUUUUAAAUUUGGAAAUGAAUUUAAUUGAAUGAAAUGUUUUAUUUUACUAGGAGAAAAAUUUGGGAAAUUUGUUGACCAAGUAUGAUUUUUCAUUCAUUUAUGCGAUAAAAACUCUUGUACACUUUAUUACUUUUGUGCUUAAAAUUUCUGAUAAAGUACUGUAUGUGGAAUGAAGGCAACAGUGGAGAAACAAAGAGUAGUUGAAAAUAUUAUGAUAUAAUGUUGGCACUAUAAAAUAUAGCAAUGAAUUUUUUGAUAUUAUGUUUGAAAAUGUAUUACAUGUAUAUGUAAAUAUUUUUUAAUGUGUAAUAAAAUAAUAAAAUGAUAUUCUGUAUAAAAGUGAUCUUGUGAAAUAACUUGCACUUAAAUGUCGUUUGAUAUGUUCUACAAAAUUCAUAGCUUUGUGGGUUUAGAGAUCUACAAUGACUAAAAGAAAAUGUGUGGAUAUAUAUUUCAUAAAAUAGUUUAAUAAAAAUUGAAGCAUGUUCUUUAAUUAUAAAUAAUAAAUGUUCCUGAGCUUAA